AUGGCAGAACUCGUAAAGAACCCACAAUUAAUGAAGAAAGCUCAAGACCCAAAACUGACGAAGAAAGCUCAAGAAGAAAUCAGAAACAAUGUGGGAAAUAAACGAAAAGUAACCAGAGAAAGACAUAGAAUAACUUCCAUGUUUGAAAAUGAUAGUAAAAGAGACACUGAGACUACAUCACCCGUACCUAUUCUUAUUCCAAGAGAAAUAAUAUCCCACUUCAAAAUAGAAGGCACGGAUUUUUACCCAAAAAUAAUGGUUCAAGUGAACGUUUCGGCAAUUGGACGAGACCCCACAUACUGGAAAGACCUAGAAGAGUUCCUUCCAGAUAGAUUUGAAGAGAGCUCGAUUGAUUACAAAGAACAACACUUUGAGUUCUUGCCGUUCGAAGCAGGUCGAAGGAUUUACCCGAAAUUGAAUUUGGGGGUGAAGACGGUGGAGUUGGCUUUGGCGAAUCUUUUGUAUUAUUUUAAUUGGAGGUUACCGGAGGGAAUGAAAGAGGAGGACUUGGACAUGGAAGAGACAUCGGGUUUGAGUCUCAGCAUCUACAAAAAGUUGCCUCUCAAACUUAAAGUUAUUUUGUGCUAG